AACUCUCUGACCUCUUUACGAAAUAGUCACAAAAAUUAAUUUCUAAGUUUAAGAAAAUAAUUCGGAGCGUUGAUUCGUCUCUGCAAAUAAAAACCGGAACGAUCAUCAGUUGUUGAUAUGUCAAUGUGUUAACGUAAAAUUAUGUUAGUUCAUUAAUGCACAGUGGAAGAUUUACGAAGUGGUAACUCUAAUUCUACUUUCGUCUAAUGCCACAUUUGUUGUUUCAUCCUUGAUCUUAGAUGCAUGUUCUUCAGAAGGAAUUUUCCAGCAUAUUUUAGUCAUUCUUACAUUGAAAUUCACUAUGUUUUUCGACACUUGUAUUUCUUUUGAGUUAAGUUAAAUUCCUCUAGAUUAUAAUCUUUAAAAUUUGGUAAGUGACUUGUUACUCUCGAGGACGCUAUAGUGAUUAUUACUACGACUUUUUGUCAUUUCUAUUCUGCGCUUUUUGUCGAAUGCACCGAUAGACAACGUUUAUUUUUUUUAUCCUUAUUUAUUUAUAAAUUCGAACGGGCACGGUAUUACAAUAGCCCCAUCUCUCAUUAAAACUUCUUCUGCACGGCAUGCCCACUUGUAGUUCAGAAUGUUGCAUCCCGGGUAGCUCUUAGAGCGAAUCAAUGGAAUAUUUCAUUAAGGGAAUCUGAAGUUUUCUUGAUAUCCAUCAAGCUAAUAACCAUCAUUCCAUUCAGCGAGAGAAAUCAUUAAGCUCCAUCUCAGCUUAAGGGCUCAGCACGUUGUUGAGCAAGGCAAAUGCAGUUUUGAACUCAUACAUAAGUUGUUCCUUUGCCUGGAACAUUGAAACUAACAAAAUCGAUCCAGAAUCGAUUGCAGCUUGUGUAUCUAAUCAAAUAAUAUUUUUUCAUUAAAGUCUACAUUUAGUGAUUGAGUUGUACAACAGGUUGCAAGCAGGAGUUCCAACAAGUUUUGCUAUGGAUUUUCCCGCGUUUCAUUUGAACGGAUGAGCGUCUCGCCACCGUCGCAAGUUUGUUUGGCAGAACAAACGAGUUAGUGUUCUAGACAUACGACAGUAGCCUUAAGCAGCCGCCAUCUCUCCCUCGCAACUCGGCGGCUUCUCGGCAGCAUCGGCAGCUCGGAGCUGCUGUGAGCAUCGUUUGAUCGGUGGUUAUCCCGCGGCAAGUAGUGGUGAAGUUUGUGGCACUUAGAAGAGCUGAGGGAACGUGUUACCUCCGCUAUUGUUUGGUGUUGCCUCUAGAGGAACUGUCGUAACGUGGGCCCUGACCGGGCUUCGGUAAAAGCCGGUAUGGCCGAUCUCGACGAGGAGAACUUCAGUGGGGGUUCAGAAGAGGAGCAAGAAGUUGAAGGAGGGGGUGCCAACGCCGAUGUUGACUACGAUGAAGCUGGCGAAGAGGAAGAAUCCGGGGCCGGUCAGCGCCGGGGCGGAAGUCGCAAGGCAAAAAAGCGUAAGGCAGCUCAGAGAGACAAAAAAGCAAAGAAAAAGAAACGUCGUAGCCGCGCGGCAGCUAACAGCGACGAUGAUGAGAACAGUAAGGCCGAAAGCGAUGCAGCACAACAAAGCGACGAAGAAUACACAGCUAAGCCCAGUAAACGACGCGGUGAGAGCGCUGUUGCACAGGAAGAAAAUGAAUCAAAUACCAAAUCGGUAGCUGAAAUUCUUGAAGAAUUCCAAAUGGUUGAUGCCAUGACUGAGUAUACUGAUGAAGAUUAUCAAGAGCUAACGUCAUAUAAGGUGUAUUCUAUGAAAAUUCGGCCAUUGAUUCAAAAGGCCAAUCCAAAAGCUGCUAUGGCUAAAAUCAUCGCGUUGAUGUCGGCUAAGUGGGCAGAGUUUUCUAAAGGUCAUCCGAAGCCGGAGCUUCUAGAACAGGAACAGACAAAAGAAGAAAAGGACGAUGAUAAGCCGUUAAAGCGAGGCCGGAAAAAUGCGCAGGCCGCUAAGAAAGAAAAGGUACCUGCUAUUAAGAUCAAGAUAGGUGGAAAACGCGUCUCCGGGCGUCGGCGGCCUAAUCAGUCGUCGGACGAGGAAGCAGACGUCCAGGAGGAUGACGACAGCGACGCAAAUUUUGAGGCUGCCCUCGAGGAAGCCGCUGCAGCGGCGCCAAAGCGAGGUGCUCGACGUAGCGCCCCUGCUAAAGCUGGUAAGCAAGCACCCAGCACCAGCUCGAGCGUCGCCAAACCUAAACGCAGUGGUAAGAAGGCAUCAUCGGACAACGAGGACGCAUAUGACACCGAUCACCAGGACUACUGUGAGGUAUGUCAACAGGGUGGUGAAGUGAUCCUCUGUGACACGUGUCCACGUGCCUAUCAUCUUGUGUGUCUCGAACCGGAGCUCGAGGAGCCUCCUGAGGGACGCUGGAGCUGCCCGCGCUGUGAAGGCGACGGGAUAUCGGCUGAGGGCGGAGCUCCCGAUGCUCAGGAGGCUGCCGGGCCCCGCUCGAAAGGUGGCAGCAGCAGCAGCAGCAAAAAUAAGGAGGGUGGUGGUGAUGAACAUAUGGAAUAUUGUCGCUCUUGCAAGGAAGGUGGAGAUUUGCUACAUUGUGAUCAAUGUCCUGGUUCAUACCAUCUCGACUGUGUGUUCCCACCGAUUUCGCGUGCGCCUGCGGGCAAAUGGACCUGCCCAAGAUGUGCGUGCGAACCCCUGAAAGGGCGCGUUCAGCGCAUUCUGUCGUGGAAAUGGGCCGAGUGGAAAGUGGAAGACGAAAACGAGGAAGACGAGGAAGACGAGAAGGACGACAAAGAUGAAAAAGAAAAGGAAGAGGGCGAAGAGGACAAAGAAAAGAAGAAGCCAGAACCGCGUGAGCCUGUAAAAUAUCGUUUGUUUUUUAUCAAAUGGCACGACAUGUCGUACUGGCAUUGUUCUUGGGCCAAUGAAUUGCAGUUGGACGUUUUCCAUCCGUCAUUGUUGCGGAACUACUCUCGAAAAAAUGACAUGGAUGAGCCCCCGCAAGCCGAAGAUCUCCCUAACCAUAAAUCGUCUUUGGCCAAACGAGAUAAACACUACGCUGAACUGGAGGAAAAGUAUUAUCGUUACGGAAUCAAACCCGAGUGGUUGGAAAUAAGUAGGGUAAUUAAUCAUCGCACAUACCGCGCCGGACAAAAUGUAUACUUAAUAAAGUGGCGUGAGCUAGACUACUCAGCUUGCACUUGGGAAGUAGAAGAUAAUGGCGGGGAGUUUGAGAUUACGGAUAUGAAGAAGUUUGUCCAGGAGUACUGGGAUUUCCGAGCCCUCAUGGAACAUACAGAGAAUGUUUGUAAUAAGAAACCUGGAAGCAAACCAUCCAAAAGCAAGAAAAAGACAGAGGCGUUUGGUCGGUACUCUGUGCCACCAUUUGAGAAGCCUCUUAACGAUCCCAAAAAGAAAUAUGAAGGUCAACCGCCGUACGUAGUAGAAAACGGCAAUCAACUGCAUCCGUACCAGCUGGAGGGCAUUAACUGGCUUCGCUUUUCAUGGGGCCAACGUACUGACACAAUUCUCGCCGAUGAAAUGGGUCUCGGAAAGACCAUCCAAACUAUCACAUUUCUCUACUCGCUUUAUAAAGAAGGCCACUCACGUGGGCCAUUCCUCGUUGCUGUGCCGCUUUCUACACUGAUCAACUGGGAACGCGAGUUUGAAUUAUGGGCACCAGAAAUGUACGUCGUGACGUACGUGGGCGAUAAAGAUUCACGUGCCGUUAUUCGUGAGAACGAAUUUUCGUUCGAAGAAAAAGCUGUCCGCAGUUCGAACAAGGUUUUUAAGAUGAAAAAAGACGCACCUAUAAAAUUUCACGCUCUUCUCACAUCUUAUGAACUCAUCUCUAUGGACCAGGCAUUGCUUGGCAGUAUCGACUGGCACGUUCUAGUAGUAGACGAAGCUCAUCGCCUGAAAUCAAAUCAGUCUAAGUUCUUCAAGGUGCUUAGUCAAUAUCCGAUUCGGUACAAGCUUUUACUCACAGGAACACCACUGCAAAAUAAUCUGGAAGAGCUGUUCCACCUCAUGAACUUCCUCUCCCCGGCGAACUUCAAUGAUUUACAAGGGUUCCUGAACGAGUUCGCGGACAUCGCUAAGGAGGAGCAGGUGAAGAAACUGCAUGACCUGCUGGGCUGCCACCUCCUGAGGCGACUCAAGGCCGACGUCCUAACGGGCAUGCCCUCCAAAAGCGAAUUCAUUGUCCGCGUCGAGCUCAGCCCCAUACAAAAGAAGUAUUACAAGUGGAUCUUGACGCGUAACUACGAUGCGCUUUCUAUUAAAGGAGGGGGCCAAUCUGUGUCGCUUCUAAAUAUUAUGAUGGAUCUUAAGAAGUGUUGUAACCAUCCCUUCUUGUUCCCGGCGGCGCAAACUGAAGCCGAACGUUUAGCCAACGGAGCAUUUACUGUAAACAGUCUCGUGAAAUCAUGCGGUAAAAUGAUUGUUAUGCAGAAGAUGAUGAAACUGCUUAAGCAGCAGGGCCACCGUGUGCUGAUUUUCUCACAGAUGACCAAGAUGCUUGAUCUUCUGGAGGACUUUCUUGAAGGUGAGGGCUACAAAUAUGAGCGUAUCGACGGAGGUAUCACAGGAACAAUGCGCCAGGAAGCUAUUGAUCGCUUCAAUAAGCCUGAUGCUGAACAAUUCUGCUUUUUGUUAUCAACAAAAGCUGGAGGUCUGGGUAUUAAUCUCGCCACAGCAGACACUGUCAUCAUUUACGAUAGUGACUGGAAUCCGCAUAACGAUAUUCAGGCUUUUUCGCGCGCUCACCGUCUUGGCCAAACAAACAAAGUAAUGAUAUAUCGAUUUGUCACGCGCGCUUCCGUAGAGGAGAGAGUCACUCAAGUAGCAAAGAAAAAAAUGAUGUUGACUCAUCUUGUUGUACGUCCUGGAAUGGGCCGACAGGGUAAUGCUGCCAUGUCAAAACAGGAGCUGGACGAUAUUCUGCGCUUCGGAACGGAAGAACUGUUCAAGGAUGAAGAUGGCGAAGACAAUGCUAUUCACUACGAUGACAAAGCCAUCGUCCAGCUUCUUGAUCGUACCAAGGAAGGCAUUGAAGAGAAGGAAAUGGCUGCUAAUGAGUACCUUGACUCGUUCAAGGUGGCGGCUUAUGUAAAGAAGGACGCCACCGAGGAGGAGCCCGAAACCGAGAUUAUCAAGGAAGAGGUGGAGAGUGCUGAUCCCGCGUACUGGGAGAAGCUUCUGCGUCAUCACUAUGAGCAACAACAGGAAAUUAUUUCGGGCCAGCUAGGCAAGGGGAAGCGCGUACGUCGCCAAGUGAACUACAACGAUACGGAACAGGGCGGUUCAACAAGAGGACGCCAACUUGACGACAACUGGAAUGAGCCGGUGUCUGACUAUAAUUCUGAUUUCAGCAUGCCGUCCGAUGGCGACGAUGAUGACUUUGAUGAUAAGGAAGGUGGAAAUAUGGACAAAUUGCGCCGGAGCCGUAAAAGCGAAAAGGAUCGUCCGCUUCCACCGCUACUCGCCAAGGUUAACGGCAAUAUUGAGGUUUUGGGCUUCAAUGCCCGCCAGCGGCGAGCAUUCCUUAAUGCUAUCAUGCGAUACGGUAUGCCUCCACAAGACGCUUUCAACUCCCAGUGGCUAGUGCGAGACCUCCGUGGAAAAUCGGAAAAGAAUUUCAAAGCGUAUGUCUCAUUAUUUAUGCGUCAUCUUUGCGAGCCGGGUGCUGAUAAUUCAGAAACAUUUGCUGACGGCGUUCCUCGCGAAGGUCUUAGUCGACAACAUGUUCUUACACGUAUAGGAGUUAUGUCGCUGAUACGCAAAAAGGUGCAGGAAUUUGAGCAUAUUAAUGGUGUAGCAAGCAUGACAUCGGAAGAGCUUGGCCUGAAUAAGGCCAAGAAGAAAGAGGAUGAGGAGGCAGAGGCAAAAGCCAAAGAAACUAAAGAUGAAGAACAGAAAGAGAAAACAGACGGAUCUCCUGAAUCGAAAACCGACAAGGACAAAGAAGUUAGCGACAUUAAAGAUGGCGUUGUUGGUGCUGCUGUCGCAGAGAAAGAUGCGAAGCCCACCGAAGCAGGUGGCGAUGAGCAAGAAGCGACCAAAAAAGAAGAGAAAUCAGAUGCCAAGGAAUCAGAGAAGGCCUAUGUCGAAACUAAAAAAGAGCCAGAACCUGCUGAAAAUCCCAAGGACACUAAAGAUAAAGAAGAUGAAAAAGCAAAGACAGAGGCUGAGGGAAAGGACGAAGCUAUCAAGGAGGAGUCGAAAGAUGAGAAGGCUGCAGAAGACAAGUCUAAGCCUUCUGAGAAUAAAGAAAAUGAAAAAGAUAAGACCGAGACCGAAACUACCGCUGAAACAGAAGAAAAAAUAGCAAAGCUGGGGUUACCCUCUGAGUCAAUUUCUAAAAGGAAGUUCAUGUUCAACGUAGCUGAUGGUGGCUUUACCGAGUUACAUACGCUCUGGCAAAACGAGGAGGCUGCUUGUCCCGGCAAGGAGUUUGAGAUUUGGCACCGUCGUCAUGACUAUUGGCUUCUGGCUGGUAUCGUCAAGCACGGCUAUGGCCGGUGGCAAGACAUCCAGAAUGAUUUAGCAUUUGCCAUCAUCAAUGAGCCCUUCAAGAGCGAACAAGGCAAAGGAAACUUUCUAGAUAUCAAGAACAAAUUCUUGGCACGCCGCUUCAAGCUAUUGGAACAAGCACUCGUUAUUGAGGAGCAGUUGCGCAGAGCUGCCUACCUUAACCUGACGCAGGACCCGGCACAUCCAGCCAUGGCACUAAACGCUCGGUUUGCUGAGCUCGAAUGUCUUGCCGAGUCGCAUCAGCACCUGUCGAAGGAGUCUGUAGCAGGCAACAAGCCAGCUAACGCCGUGCUGCACAAAGUCCUCAAUCAGCUCGAAGAGCUCCUUUCCGAUAUGAAAAGUGACGUGAGCCGAUUACCUGCCACCUUAGCACGAAUUCCACCGGUUGCUCAGCGCCUGCAAAUGAGUGAGCGUGGCAUCCUUUCACGUUUGGCUGGUGGAACUCCGCCAUUGCCACCUACCGUAGGAGCGCAGGCUGCGCAGGCUCAACAAGCGCAGGUUCAAGCGCAAGCUCAAGCCGUUCAACAGGCUCAAGCUCAGGCACAGGCAGCUGCUGCAGCUGCAGCUGCAGCGCAACAAGCGCAAGCGGCUCAAGCGGCUGCUGUUCAACAAUCGCAGGCGCAAGCCCAAGCUCAGGCACAGGCCCAAGCCGUCCAGCAGGCUCAGGCUCAAGCGCAAGCCCUAACAGCUGCAGCACUUCAACAACAAGCCGCUGCCCUACAGCUGGCUUUUGCUAAGAACCCACUUGCGGCAGCGCAACUCAGUCGGGCGGGGAUUUCAAUUACGCCUACAGGCCUCUUACCAGGAGGAGCAGGUGGCGGCACCAGCACCAACUCAAAGCAGCGUUGAAUGUGUCAACAACAAGUAACAGCUGUCGUAACUAGCGUCACACGCACAGUCGCUAGCAGCCCGUAAACCCCUCUCGUUUGUUCAUCACCUCCACCGUCACCACCAUCAUAACAUUUUUCCCUAGAUGAUUUUUAAGUGAUUAUUGGAGGUACGCAGUGGUCUGCGAGAACAGCAGUUCAACACAGUACACACGUAAUAAAUACCUACACAUAUUAUAAUUAUAGUAGAUAGAUUAUGAUGACGACGAUUAUAGCACACAAAUGGUGUAUCAGGAUGGAAGCGCAGGUAGAAAGUAGUACUGUGUGUAGCUCACGGGGGAACGAUACGCUUUGUCUGACAAGGAUAAAAAAAACAGAAAGAAGUCAGGGAAUCUAUUUUUGUUAGCUGGUACGGAUAAAUAUAUUUGCCGCUGGUAAAAAGUGAUCGAAAAUAAAAGCGGUGAUGAUUUGUGAAUGGUUACAAGAGGUCAAAGGGCAAAAAAGUUGUUCCUUCGAUCCGGUAUGUAACCGACUUAUCAUCAAAUCAGUAAACAUAUAGCAGUAUUGAUGAUAAUGACGAUGGAAAAUAGAAUACGAAUAAAACUAUGGAAAAGCAGCACAAGGGAGGGUCGUUUCAAACGAUAUAAAUAAUAUGUCAAUUAUAAAUAAUACCUAUCGACAAAUGGGUAACCAGAAAGGCCCUGUUUGCGUUAACGCUUACGCAGGGCAAAUUCGGGCAGAAAGGCAUACAAAAUAAAAUCACAUGGAGGCAAGGCCUGAAAGAAUAUUACUUUUUAGUGGGUAGCUAGCUAUCUUCUACUUUGUCGUACAGUUGGCAUGUUGUGUUUUAGGAAUAUAAUUGAGUGCAUUGGCCCUCAACAAGAGCUUGAGAACGGCUUACCUGUGUCUCAAGGUUGUUGUGUUGUCAUUAAUCAUUGAACACGCAAUGACACUGCGCCUGCUAGCCACAAUCCAUAUUAUUAUUGCUACUAUUAUCGUUAUUUUCUAUUUAAUAUGCUCAUCUAAAUAAUAAUUAUUGUAAAGUGGCGAAAAAUCGACAGAGAGACGAGAAUAGUAAUGUAUCUGAUGAUUGAUGAAGAAGCUUUCUCCCUAAUCUGAUUGCCCUAAACAAAAAAACAAACUAUAUACUAUUUCUCCAGGAGAUAAUUAUGAAUCCGGCAAGAAGGUUGUCUGGCUGAGAGACGGGUAUUUGAAGAGGGUAAAUAUUUUGUGUUCAGAAAAUGCAGGCAGAAUAAACAAAUCAGUGUGUAUUUGAAGUCAGUAAACAAGUUUAAUGAUUCUAUGUUACGAAAGCGAGAACGUUUGUCUUUGCAACGCAAAAAACCCUCGUACAGAAAUAUCGAGCAGCAAAAAUCGAACCCCCCAUUUAUAUACAGGUUGUGUAAAUAUUAUGACUAAUAUUAAUAAUAACAAAAAUAUCAUCAUUAAGUAUUAGUUAAAGUAAUAUUAUAUCAUGAAGCACCAGAAUUGUGACGAAUCAUGACCAUGACGACAAGGAUAGCACACAAUGAAUGAAUUAAUGAAUCGCACUAAAAAAAUCAUCGACUGACGAAAGAACAACUAAUAUACUCGGUCUAUCGUUUGAUGUGGAAAGAACCACUGCAGAUGGAAAGAAUAACAGACUGAAGUGUCUUGGCAGCCUGAAUAAGGGUUCAGUAACUAAGAUUACGACGAUAGACUGCGAUUGCUGUUAAUGUGGAAAGCGGCGAUGAGGUCAAUAUCCUAUUAAAGGAAAUAGUAGGCUAAAGAUUUUUGUGAGUAACAAGACGGAGACAAUUUUUAAGUAUCGACGAGCGUAGUACACGAGUUUUUAUUAUUAUGUGUUGGUAUCCUGUUAGAGCGAGGUCGGGCUGAUAAUAUAUAUAUAUAUAUACGUAUAUAUAUAAAGGUGGCGAACAGGUAGCUCUACGAGGUCGUCGGAACUAGGUAUAAAUGGCAACCGAUAAUGACAAUAUGAGAAAGAACAGACUUCACGCUAGGCAAAAUGUAAUAGCGACGGACUCGUGUUAUUCGUAUAGGUGCGAGUUGGCAUCAGUAUUUGAAAACGGUGACCACGGUUUGAGGAUAAAGUUACUACACUAAUGACCGAUGGAAAAGAAAAUCACGGAAAUUCGGAAGUGACGAUAAAUUAAAGGUGAAUGUUCUAAUAAAAUAGAGUAACAACAACAAAACUGAAUGUGUAUCAAUAAAAUUACUUCAUUUCUUUUCA